AUGGGACAGCUACACUUGGUGUUUGUAUGCUGGGAUGCGGCUAGGGCUAUGGUGCAGACCGUCGGUCGAGUGACGCCGGACGGCCAGCGUGUGAUGUCAGGAGGGGAGGCGAUUGCAUAG